AACAGGAAACACACCCAAGAAAUUUCACAUAACAGUUAAGAUCUAAGGCGCAUAAGCAAAGCACAACAAUCUGCUCGAACAUCGUCUGGGUUAUUCACACAAUGCCGCUGCCGGGCCUGAUUGGCACUAGCCUCAUACUGAUCCUGGCUUCUGUCUCAAAGGGUGAAAAAUGGGCAAUAGAUGUCCAACGAAACAUAAAUGUUACAUGGGGCUCAAAUGUAACCAUACGGUGCAACUUAAGCUACCCAGAGAAUUUCAACACAAUGACUGUCAAAGUGUUCUGGAAAACGAAAAAUAAGGAGGAUGAAAGCAUGUGCAUGGAAAUGCCGGACAAGAAUGCGUUCAUUUAUCACUCAGAUGAAUCAUGUGUGCUCGAGAGGUACAGAGGAAAGACCAAGUUCAUCGGAGAGAAGAAAAACUGCUCCCUCCUGAUCCAGAACGUCACGGCGGCUGUAAAAGAUAUCUACGUGCGAAUUCGUGUGGGGAAUGAAAGUUACAGCUUCUAUAAGCAAACCGUCUCCAUUUUUAUCAAUGAUGGAAAUUUUGUGAACACCACAACAACCCCAGGACCCAGGCCAAAAAGUCACAGUUCAAACAUCAUCUAUUACAGCAUCUUUCUACCAAUCGCUGCACUUGCGGUCAUUGUUUUUGCUGUUGGAAUUUUCUGUUUAGUGCGACACAAAAGGUCACAGGCGUUCACCAGAGAGGAAUCUGGAUACUAUGCAAACUUUAGCAGAGCAUCAUCAGACCCAGCCAAAAGUGAAGAAUCUAACAAUAAAAAGGACAAGAAACUUCCGGAGCCGAAAGCCCUCGUGGAGCCGGUCUACAUCAACGUUGAGGCCCCGGCAGCUCAAAUGGACCAAAGUGUGGAUCAGGCAGACAGUAUAUACGUAAAUGUGAAUUACUCAAAAUAGCAGAACAUCAGAAAUAGCUGAAUCUCAAACACACAUGCACACAUGUUCUUCUUCUGUAUGCGUGAACAAGUGUCUUAGCGUGUGGGAUAUAUGUCAUACAAGAGGGUCCUCCGAGUGAUUGAAACCACGCACAACUGCUGAACAAAUAACUGUGGAAAGAAAACUAUUCAUCAUUUUGUGGCUCCUGAUGUUUUAGAUAAGUCAGCCAGGAGUGGUUUGCAAAACCUCUCCUUGCUUAGUUUUAAAAGAUGUACAGAUUAGUUCUGCUGGAUUUCUUCUGCUGAAACUGUGGGAUAUUUACCAAGAGGAGGUCUUGAGGAGAGUCGAGUGAAUUUGUUCUUGAUAGUGACAAGGACAAAGGACAAACGUUUACAGCUCGAUCAGUAUCGCUUCCAAUUUGAUUUUUGUCAUAGUAAACUAUCCGGUCAAGUCAUUCUGUUCCCUCGAAACUCCAAACUGGACGAUUACACGCCUCAUGAUUUAAGUCCGACUGCAGUGUUCAGAGACAGUGGAGGAAGUGAAAGUAGUCGUAAUGUAGUAGAAACCUGUAUUUCACCAGAUAUAAGUUAUAGUGCAUUUAAUGUGCAAUAGGGCAAAAUCCCUGUUUUGAGGCAGCAGCCAUGACACGGUGAUUACACAUAUCAGGUAAGACAGCAUCAUCAUCAUCAUCUGUCUUACCUGUUGUGGGAAACUUACCAAAUGUAGAGAUGCCAAAAUACAACGUUAUCUCUUAAAGGAAAAAUAAUCUUUAUUGCUAAUAUGUGUAAAUAAUAACUGAUAAAUUAACCGGUGAACCUGUGUCACAAUGCUAAGAGAGACAGGAAAUGACAUCAAGCUUUUAGCCCUGAAGUUCUGUUUUCUGUGGAAUCGAUCGGAAUAAUCUCAAAACUAAACAAAAGGCAGGAGGAAGUGGCAUCUAGCAAAGUAUUAGAUGAUAAUACCUCCACGUCUUCCUCUAUUAAUUUGUCACCUUUUGUGUCGUAGUGCUUGACUUGAACUGUCCCUUCAGUUUUAUUUUAAAUUAUUUGUUUGCAAUGUGAUGUUUAAUACAAAGACUGUGAAAAUAAUAACAAAUAAAAAAAAGUUAA